CGGCGCCGCGCGUUCACAAGACGUGUAUCACGUUCCUAUUUGAAAUUUUCGAAUGCGUUCGAUCGCGGAACGGUCGCACGAACUCUUAUUCGAACGUCACUGCGAAUUAUUUGUGUUGGACUAUUGUUUUUAGUUUUGUGUUAUUUUUUACUUGUGUUUUUUUUAGUUUGUGACUUUUUAGUUAGACUUUAAUAUAAGAUAUGAAUGUGAAAAUAAUACCAAAGAAACGGUGUGAUAGGACGAUUUAACGUGUUGUUUUAGUUCUGUUACAUUAAUUUUAUUUUUAUUCUAUUAAGUUUUUGCCGCACUUUGAUUUUUCUGAUGUCUCGAAACGCCAAAGGAACGAUGGUAACGCACUUGAAGAAACAUGUCAUCUAAAAGAAAGUCACCACCGUCGAAAUUGCAAGAAGGUGCCGCCGACACAGAGAAGCCCGAAGCCGGCCCAGCCAACCAGGAUUUUCCUGACCAUCAGGAGUCGGAUGACAACGAGCAACAAAGUUAUUACAAGCUCUCGCCCAGUUCCUCAACAAGGAGUUCUAUCAGCGAGGAAGAUACGAAUUACGAAGACGAACGACCAUCAAAGAAGCAACGAUUCGAGCAAACAUUAGACAUGACAAAUAAUCUUCUAGUCCCAUCAUCUUUCUUAAGUCUCCAUCAAGUGAACGAUCUCCAGGUUCGAAGGCGUGGAUCAUCAGAAUGCAGUAGUCCUGGAGCCGAGGCGAAAGUUUUGGGACUGUGCAACAAUAACAAUUCCUUGUUGAACCACAACAGCGCUCUGUCGCUGACUGCACCUCACAAGCGUUCUAUGGAUGACGUCUUGAAGAGGCUAACGUCGAAAAUGAACAAUAGUACGAUUAAAGAGGAGAAGAGGCCCACUCCAUCGACGACACCUGUGAAUAAGAACAACGAGAGACGAGCAGUAUUAGACGCAGCAGCAUUACAAGCAUUGGCUGGCGAGAGCGUGCUAGAGAAGGAACGGCAGCUAUCCGAGAUGAUCCUGCAACUGCAAAUGGUUAGAGAGCAGCUGUUAGCACAACAAGAACACGCUAAGAAUAUAGGCAACGUGACUGCUGAACUGGAGUUACAACGGUUACAACAGGAGCAGUUGCGUCGACAGGAGAUGGUGCGGCGUGGACAGCAUGGAAUGUAUCCUGGCCCACCGUUGGGACUGCUACCGUUGUUGGAGCAGAUGCGGCCCCAGGCGCAGCAACCCAACGCGAUGCAGCAGCAAUGGCCAGCGACGGCUCAACUUGCUCAACUAACAGCGAACACUCGGUCCCCACCACCCCAGGACCCAGAUACCCCCUUAAACCUGAGCAAACAACGCUCCCCGUCGCCUGCGCAGCCGAUGAUGCUACCACGCUUCGUACCCUACCCACCAAUGGAAGAAUCACAAUACAGUAUGCCGAAAGAAGAGGAAUACAACGCUGCCUGUAACACUUCAUCGUGGAGCCAAUCACCUUCGGAAGACGCAGAAAAAGCGAAGCUGGUUCGCCAACCGCGCAGAGACGAAACGGGCAAGCCUCACAUCAAACGACCAAUGAACGCGUUUAUGGUGUGGGCUAAGGAUGAGCGCAGGAAGAUCCUCAAAGCAUGUCCUGACAUGCACAACUCUAACAUAUCCAAGAUUCUAGGCGCUAGAUGGAAGGCGAUGUCUAAUGCUGAGAAGCAACCUUAUUAUGAAGAGCAGUCGAGAUUGUCCAAACUGCAUAUGGAGAAGCACCCUGACUAUAGGUACCGACCGAGACCAAAAAGGACAUGCAUAGUCGACGGCAAGAAAAUGAGGAUAUCUGAGUACAAGAAUCUGAUGCGUAGUCGCCGGCAGGAGAUGAGGCAGCUGUGGUGUCGCGACGGAGGGAGUGAGCUGGGCUUCUUACCUCCUGCGCUUGCCUCUCCUGGACCUUCCAAUUCCUCGCCACCCCCCAACGGAGGCAACUACAUGAACCCUGGGUUCUCUCCACCACUAUCGCCCAGGGAGGAUGAUUGAGGUACGGCGCGCGGCUGGCCAUACCCGCACGCCGCGCCCCUGUCCUUACCCCCAUCUCACCACCCCUGGUAAAAACGCGGACAGUUCUGGGACUCUAGAACAUUCUGGAUUACAUUCACACAAAGACUUGGAGCACGAAUCUCAAGUGUUGCCCUUAACCCCUGCCCCUCAUACCGUGACUGUAAAUAAUGAAGGGUAAGCGCAUAGACGGUAGCUAUUAUAAUAAUCUGUGAGUUUUUGCCAGUGUCUCAAAUUGGAUCUCUCGUUUACAAAAUACUGAUUAUUAAUAAUGAGAUUAUUCCAUUAGUGAAUUAAGAAAUUUCUAACUUUGGACACUUUUCGCCCGUAUAAGUACUUGAUGUGUGCUAGCACGGUGAUUUUUUUCAGUGAAAAACUAUAUUAAUUCGUUCUUAAUAUGGUUUCAAUGUGUCAUAUAAACAUUAUUAUGUAUCUAAUAUGUAUUGUAGUAAAAUGUCACAAAUUUAUUCUUAAUUCAUAAGAAUUAUGCGGGUGUAUUGGUUCUCCUGUUAUGUAAAUAGAGCCCUUUUUAGGUACGACCUAUAUCAAUGUUUGGACUAGAAUCGUAGCGUAUCGUAAUUUUUGGCACAAAUUGGUUAAUCAGUUCUAUUAAAGGAAAUGUGCCAACACUUGUAUUAAAACCAACACAGCUAAUUAGAACAAGAUAAUGUAUAUAUCUAAGUACACAAAUAAGUACCUAAAUCAUUUUGAAUCAAUGUAUUGAAGUAUGUAGUUGUAGUUUGAAGCCGACGUUUUCACGUGGUUUAAGCGCAUUCUCUGUAAAUAGGUAAAAUUCCCUUUUGUAGAUAGAUUACGUUUAAGUUGUAUUGGAAUGUUCGGCUGAAGGUUUAGUGUAAGGUUCAGAGAUUAGUUGUUAACGUUAGCAGUAAUGUACUUUGAAUCUAUACUAUCGCGUGGCCAUGUAUAAACUUAGUGCGAAGUUUGUAUCGUAGCUUUACAAAUUAAGCAAUUAAAAUGUAUCAAACCAAAAAUUUGAAGCGGAUUGCUUGAAAAUUUAAGUGUUUUGAACACGGGAACUGUUUUUAUUUAAAUUCAGUGAGAUCUUUAUGCAUAAUGGUUAUGAUUAAAAUACUCAUAGACUUAUCUAGAUGAGAUUGGUAAUAGACCGUUCUAUAAUAAGCUGUUUUAUCACGAACAUACGUAAAGGAAACUAUGUUAAAAAAUAUCGACAUAGCCAAUAAAAAAGGUGUUUCAAUAUCAU